UCUUUGAUCGAUCUUCUGCCCAUCCCUUGUUAUUUAAAGCCCUCUAGCACCAUCCCUUCCUUCACAUCAACUUCUUGUCUUAGGCUCUUAGCCUCUCCUUCGUGCAUCAAUAUUUGGUACCGAAAAUAAUGGCAUUAAAAGGGUAUCUUGUCGAGUUUGAAGACUUCUUCCCUACAAUGGUGGAGAAACUUGGCGCAGAAGGAUUCUUGGAUGAGCUAGGCAAUGGGUUUAGGUUGCUGAUGGAUGAAGAAAAAGGGCUGAUCACAUUGGAGAGCUUGAAGAAAAAUUCAGCCUUGUUAGGUUUGCAAGACAUGAAGGAUGACGAAUUGCGAUCUAUGUUAGAAGAAGGGGAUUUGGAUGGCGACGGGAAGCUGAAUGAAAUGGAGUUUUGUGUUCUUAUGUUUAGAUUGAGUCCUGAACUCAUGAAGACUUCAAGAGUGUUUGUUGAAGAAGCUAUAUUAAAUGAGUUAUAGGCUCUAAUUUAGCAAGUAAUGGUACUGUAGAUUAGUAGAUAAAGCAAGGGCCUCCAUCCUAUUGCUUGUGUUUACUAGAACGUACUUCUCGAAUUAAUUUUGUUUACAAUAGGACUAAUUACUUUCUGUAAAUUUUGUCUCAUGAAUUUUGGCUCAUCGGCAGGUACAUGAAAUCCUAGAUCAAAUUGCAGUAA